GUGGCUGCUCCGCCAGUUUCCUCUGGGUGGGAGAGCAGCUCCGCGACCACCGGUGGCCGGACUCCCUCGGCCUUCUGCUAGAGAUGCUCUUCCUCUCGUUUCAUGCAGGCUCCUGGGAAAGCUGGUGCUGCUGCUGCCUGAUUCCCGCCGACAGACCUUGGGAUCGGGGACGGCGUUGGCGAUUGGAGAUGGCGGACACGAGAUCCGUGCAUGAAACCAGGUUUGAGGCGGCCGUGAAGGUGAUCCAGAGUUUGCCGAAAAAUGGUUCAUUCCAGCCAACAAAUGAAAUGAUGCUCAAGUUUUAUAGCUUCUAUAAGCAGGCAACUGAAGGACCCUGUAAACUUUCAAGGCCUGGAUUCUGGGAUCCUAUUGGAAGAUAUAAAUGGGAUGCUUGGAGUUCAUUGGGUGAUAUGACCAAAGAGGAAGCCAUGAUUGCAUAUGUUGAAGAAAUGAAAAAGAUUCUUGAAACUAUGCCGAUGACUGAGAAAGUUGAAGAAUUGCUGCACGUCAUAGGUCCAUUUUAUGAAAUUGUAGAGGACAAAAAGAGUGGCAGGAGUUCUGAUUUAACCUCAGAUCUCGGUAAUGUUCUGACUUCUCCAAAUGACAAAACCGUUAAUGGUAAAGCUGAAAGCAGUGAUAGUGGAGCUGAGUCUGAGGAAGAAGAGGCCCAAAUAGAAGUGAAAGGAGCAGGACAAAGUGAAAAUGAUGAUAAAAUGAUGAAGAAAUCAGAAGAUCAUAAGAAUUUGGAAAUCAUUGUCACUAAUGGCUAUGAUAAAGACAGCUUUGGUCAGGAUUUGCAGAAUGACAUUCAUGCCAGUUCUUCCCUGAAUGGCAGAAGCACUGAAGAAGUAAAACCUGUAGACCAAAACUUAGAGCAAACCGAAAAAACUGCUAUCUGCAUUCACCAAGAUGUAAAUGAUGAUCAUGUUGAAGAUGUUUCAGGAAUUCAGCAUUUGACAAGUGAUUCAGACAGUGAAGUUUACUGUGAUUCUAUGGAGCAGUUUGGACAGGAAGAGUCUUUAGACAGCAUUACGUCAAACAAUGGACGAUUUCAGUGUUACUUGGGUGGUGAUCCCAGUCAGCCCUUGGAAACUUCUGGUUUUCCUGAAGAUGUCCAAGUAUCUCCUGGAAAUGGCAACAUUGGGAAUAUACAGGUGGUAGCCGUCGAAGGAAAAGGUGAAGUAAAGCAUGGAGGAGAAGAUGGCAGAAAUAACAGUGGAGCACCACACCGUGAGAAGCGAGGUGGAGAAAAUGAGGAAUUCUCUAAUGUCAGAAGAGGGAGAGGGCAUAGGAUGCAACAUUUGAGUGAAGGAACCAAGGGUCAGCAAGUGGGAAGUGGAGGUGACGGGGAACGCUGGGGCUCUGACAGAGGGUCAAGAGGCAGCCUCAAUGAGCAGAUCGCUCUAGUGCUCAUGAGAUUGCAGGAGGACAUGCAGAAUGUCCUUCAGAGACUUCAUAAACUGGAAACACUAACUGCUUCACAGGCAAAAUCAUCAACAUUGCAGGCCAGUAGUGAUCAACCCCCCUCAAAGAGACCAUCUUGGUGGCCCUUUGAGAUGUCUCCUGGUGCAUUAACUUUUGCUAUCAUAUGGCCUUUUAUUGCCCAGUGGUUGGUAUAUUUAUAUUACCAAAGAAGGAGGAGAAAACUGAACUGAAGAAAAUCAUAUUUUACUCAAGAAGACAGCUGGGCCUGGAUGACUUCAGAAUGAAAUGGAUGUGGCGUUCAGAAGAAAAUCUUAGUCUGUGAUGAUUACAUUUCCUUUCGUUGUCCAGUAAUUUGGUUUGUGUAUAUAUAUACAUAUAUAUAUUUUGCACUACACAAAUGAUAGCAUUUUAAGGACUGAUAUAACUGAUAACUUGAAUACUCAGUCUCAACUAGGUUAUAAGUAGCAUACAUAGAUUUACCCUACUCUUGAACUGAAGGACAUUAAAUCAUUAAUUAUUGUUUGGUCACACAUUUACCUGAUCAUCUCCCAUAGAGAAACAUAAGCUGCUUUUCCAAGGUACAGUUGUGAUAAUGAGAUCAGAUUUAUAAGUUGGUAAUUUUAAUUUUCUAAAUUAAAUAUGAGAAGGAAUGAAAACCAGGAAUGUAUUUCAAAUGAGAUUAAAUCGCCUCUAUAUCUCAGUUACUGAAAUGCCAUGCCAAGUAGCAGAAAACAGCUGGAAGAAUCUUCUCCACAUUUUACUUUGUGGGCUGCCCAUAAUGUUUCUUGGGCAUUCACAACUUUGAGUUUGGUGUUUAGGCGUCAUUAAAAAGUAGAGCCCUAUGUACUAGGCUUAGUUUUUACAAAUGAUUCACAAAAUGGAUAUAACCUGCUGAUGGAAAUGAUGAAGAAUCGGCUUAAUGCAGGUUUAAAAGUAUAUUAUGAGCCUGCACUUGAUUAAUAAGAUUUUCAUUCAAUCAUUCAAUCCUUUGUAAUCAUUUUUCUUUAACUGAGGAUAUCUAGCGUCUGCGUCAUAGGGUGCUUUGAAAUAUAAAAUGAAAACUUAUUUAUACUGUUUUUACAAAGGUCAAAAAGGAAACAUGAAAAUCACUUUUCUGCAAUUGAUGAACUACACAGACUGAUCUCUUAACCUCUUAGUGCCUCAGUUUUUCCUUUGGGGUAUAACAUUUGAGAUAUACCUAUUAUACAGAUGUAUUGGAAGGAUUUGCAAGCUAGCAGGCCAUAUGCUUCCAUAUGAAUAAAGCAUAUGCAACUAAUGAAAAUUUAAGUCCCUCUACCCCACCUCUCAUGUUUAGGCUAAAAAAAAAAGACUGUAAUUUAGAUCCUGGAAGACUUUGUUUGGAAAAUCAUUCAUCCUGUACACCUUCCAUCGUUCCCUCCUCACUUAGGUGUACCUUAUGCUUUAAAGAUUUAUUUGAUUCAAAGGCUUGGCAGGAAAUAAUUUUUAAGCAUUCUCGAUAUGUAUAAUGUUGGGUUUAGCAUCAUGUGUUCAGAGUGUCUUAAAUAAGAGGGAAAGAAUUAGUCCAUCGGUAGUAGUAUACACAGUGGUUCUUUGUUUGCCUGAAGGAAAAAAAAAAGUUUAAGAAUACAAUUUGCUUUCCUCAAACUCUGUUUUCCUUAUUUUUUUUUCAUGUAGCUUGAUUUUUUAUUUUUUAAUCCCACCUUGAUUAAAAUGUGUCUGUCUAACGGGAUCUACUAAUAUUUGCUUUUAAAAAGCUGUUCCCUAUUUAUUUAGGAAAAAAAAAUGAAGCAAGUAACUGAAUUAUAUGUAAAAAUAAAGUUUAGACCUGUGGACCAGGGAUAAUUUUCAAAAAUUAGAUAUCAGUCUGGUAUCAGAAAAUGGUGGCUUUCCUCUUAGUGUGUAAGUAAAUAAAAUGCAAAUUAAGAACUUAA